UAUGUCCACACCGAAGCUGAGAGAGGCUGCUGAAGCCAAGCCGCGAAUCCCGAAGUUUGAGCGUUCCCGAGAAAUUUCAGUUUAUUAAUGUUGCAUGUGUGAGAAGCAUGUAUGAGACACCUCCUUGCUCUCCGCUAGAAUGGCUACACUCAGAAUUACGUCACUGCUCCGGGGCGUGCUCUGCGCAUGCGUCCUGGCUUGCACUGCUGAAGGCGAGCUCAGCGUUUCUUCACACACACGUGACAAACAAGUCCUGGCUGAGUCUGGAAACAACGUCACUCUGACAUGUCGAGCUCCAAACGACAAGUUCAUAGUUGUGAACUGGAGCAGAGCUGAUCUGGGAGAAGAAUAUGUGCUCUUGUACCGGGACGGGCACUUUGAUACCACCAAGCAGCAUCCAUCUUUAAAGAAGCGGGUGGAUCUGCAGGACAGACAGAUGAAGGAUGGAGACGUGUCUUUGAUUCUGGAGAAUGUGACGACUGCGGAUGCUGGAACGUACGAGUGUCACGUCUUCAUGGAAGAAACACGCUCGUGGGAAUCUAUCUGCACCUCACACCUGUUUCUGCAUGAAGAUCAACCAGGAGGACUGAGAGGGGACGGAGUCAGAAGAGGACGUGCUGGACUGAUAGCGAGCGCGUCACUUUGUGCUGUGCUUGUUGCUGUUGUUGUUGUUGCUUUUCUGAUCUACAGAAAACAUGGACAGAGUCAGGAUUCAGAGCGUCCUCCUGCUGAACUGCAGACUGUCUGAAAUGUCUCAGAGUGUUUUUGCAGAUGGACUUUGAGUCUCCUGCUGCUGAGCAGAGACAGACAGCAUUCAGCAACACUCCACACAGACCACUGAUUUCACUCUGACACUACAGGAAGGACUUCAUCAUCCUGCGGGCUGACGAGUACAUUUACUGUAAAUACUCAGUCCAGCUGAUUGUUUGUCUUUGCAGGCUGAUAAUCCAGAUGUUUCUACACUAAUGUGUAAAACAUCAGUUUCUUGGUUUCAGAUUAUUAUUUAUUUGUACCACUUUGUUAUUUUCCAUUUUAAAGGAUUCAAUAACUGUCAGAUAACCCAGGAAAUUACACGAACAUGUCAGUGUGCAGCAGUUAUUAGUUUGAUUGUGUUCUCUGUUGUGAGUUGUAAAGAUUUAAAGCAGAAUAUAUUGUUGUAAAUGAUUAUUUGUGGAUUAUGGAAUUUUUCUUUAACUUAAACCCAAAUAUAACUAAAGUGUUAGACAAACUGCAGCCACUCCGUUAGGAAUACUUUCACAUCCUGAUGUAAAAGUUGUGUUUUUAAAUCAAUUAUGAAUGUGUGAGACACUUAUGAUGCACUUCUGCUGAUGAAUGCAGCUUGAAGCUUUGAUGGGACUGUUUCAUUACUUGUUUAGGAUUUUGUUCAUGUUCUUUUCACAUUUACUUUUAAUUCUUUCAAUUCAGCUUUCCAAAAAGUAUUAAUGCCUGAACAUUCACACAAUGUAAUCAAAUAAAGUUUCACUUUACAUUUCAGACUGCAAUAACCUGUUCACAAACACAUUCUUUAUUUGCUUUUUACACACACAAGAAACUGUAAAACCCAGAGUGCAAAAACAGAGAGGUUCAGGAAAAUCUGUGUCCACAAUCAGCGAAGAAAUGUAAAAACUGUUUGGAGAGGAGAAAAGAGGAAAAACUUUGU